ACUCAGCUUGACCGUAAUUGGUGCUAUAAAAUGCAAGCGAGAGUGCAGGGUCUGCCAAGCACAAAGUCCAGCAACCCAAAUGAAGUCACCUCCUCCUACAGCUAGGGUCGCAAUGUCUUAUCUCUUCCUUUUUCUUCUCUACUCUUAUUCAUGGGCAACUUUGGCCUACACUCAUCAUCACGACAGCUUCCUCCAAUGCCUUUCCCUACAUUCUGGUAACUCUACUUCUCUCACCAAACUCAUUUAUCCUCGAAAUAACCCUUCAUACACAUCAGUCUUGGAGUUUUCGAUUCGGAAUGCUAGGUUUUCUACACCAACCACCCCGGAACCUUUAGUCAUAGUUACCCCCUCCCACAUCUCUCACAUCCAAGCAACCAUUAAUUGCUCAAGAAAUCAUGACAUGCAGAUCAGAAUACGGAGCGGGGGUCAUGACUACGAGGGUCUUUCUUACGUUUCUCAAGUUCCGUUCGUCAUCAUUGAUUUGAUUAAUUUGCGGUCAAUCGAUAUUGAUGUAGAAAAUAACACCGCAUGGGUUCAAGCUGGUGCUACUAUAGGUGAAUUGUAUUACAGAAUUGCAGAGAAAAGCACAACUCUUGCCUUCCCAGCUGGUGUUUGCCCCACAGUUGGUGUUGGAGGUCACUUUAGCGGGGGAGGUUAUGGCAUGUUGAUGCGAAAGUUUGGCCUUGCUGCUGAUCAAAUAAUUGAUGCACACUUAGUUGAUGUUGAUGGCAGACUUCUUGAUAGAAACUCUAUGGGGGAAGAUCUGUUCUGGGCCAUUCGAGGAGGUGGAGGAGCCAGCUUUGGAGUCAUUGUCUCGUGGAAAGUAAAGUUAGUGUCUGUUCCAUCAACUGUGACUGUCUUCACGGUGAACAGGACAUUGGAAGAGAAUGGAACAAUGCUUGUUCACAAGUGGCAAUCUGUUGCAGAAAAGAUUCAUGAAGAUUUGUACCUUAGACUCUUUUUAAGAGCUGUGAAUUCAAGCCAACAACAAGGGAAAAUAACAAUACAAGCUUCUUUCACUUCCUUGUUUCUUGGUAGAAUUGAUCAACUAAUUGUAUUGAUGCAAGAAAGCUUUCCAGAGCUUGGAUUGGUGAAAGAAGACUGUAUAGAAAUGAGCUGGAUCCAAAGUAUCCUCUACUUCGCAGAAAUCCCACAAAGUGAAUCAUUAGAUAUUUUGCUUAAUAGGACAGGUACUCCCUCAUUCUUCAAAGGGAAAUCGGACUAUGUUAAGGAACCUAUUCCCGAAUUUGCAUUAGAAGGUCUAUGGCAAUGGUUUUACGAAGAGGAACCUGGGUCAGUGGAGCUUAUCUUCAGUCCUUAUGGUGGCAUAAUGAAUGAGAUUCCGGAGUCUGAGACUCCUUUCCCUCAUAGGGCUGGGAAUUUAUUCAACAUUCAUUAUGGAGUGGGAUGGACAGAGGAAGGUCCUUCAGCAUCUCAGAAGCAUAUAAGUUACAUGAGAAGGCUUUACAGGUACAUGAAACCCUACGUUUCAAAAUCUCCCAGAGAAGCUUACAUGAACUACAGGGAUCUUGACCUUGGAAUUAAUAACAUUGGUAAAUACACAAGCUAUGGACAAGCAAGCAAAUGGGGUCUUAAAUAUUUGAAAAAUAACUUCAACAGAUUGAUUCAUGUGAAGACUACGGUAGAUCCCCAAAAUUUCUUCAGACAUGAACAGAGUAUCCCUUCUCUUUUUCGUGGCUGAGCAAGAGAGACAAUAAUCAGUGUUUUUUCUUUUUUUGGUUUUUGAAUAAGGCAUGUUAGUUAUAUAUAUGGGUGUAUUAAAGAUCAAGAAUACGACUAUGCAUUCUCCGAAAUAGUUUUAUUCAUUAUAUAUCUAUGUUAAAAAAU